GAGGAGGAGGAGGAGAGCAAGGCCCGGAGCGGGGCUGCGGCGGUGGGGGCCGGGGAGCAGAGCCUGCCAGCCCCUUCCCGCUGCAGCCGGGCCCCGGAGGCGCCUUCCGAUCGAUUGUGGGAUUAUCUGCUGUGCUAUGAUGCCAGGGCAGAUUCCAGACCCCUCCUUGACAGCUGGCGCCCUGCCUGGCCUUGGCCCCUUAACAGGAUUGCCUGGUACCACAUUGACAGCAGAAGAGCUGAAGUAUGCUGACAUUCGCAGCAUUGGGGCCAUGAUCUCCCCACUGCAUUUCCUGGAGGUGAAACUGGGCAAGAGGCCUCAGCCAGUGAAGAGUGAGCUAGAUGAAGAAGAGGAGAGGAGGAAAAGGCGGCGAGAGAAAAACAAAGUUGCAGCUGCACGAUGUCGGAACAAGAAAAAGGAGAGAACAGAAUUCCUGCAGAGGGAAUCUGAGCGCCUGGAGCUCAUGAAUGCUGAACUGAAGGCCCAGAUAGAGGAGUUGAAGCAGGAGAGGCAACAGCUGAUCUUGAUGCUCAACCGUCACCGUCCCACCUGCAUUGUGCGGACAGAUAGUGUCAAAACCCCGGAGAAUGAAGCCAACCCGCUGCUCGAACAGUUGGAGAAGAAGUGAAAGGAGAAUGGUGGGGGAAGAGAGAAGUAGGUUGGUGAAAGCCAAAAAAACUCCAGGAUCUCUGAGCAUCUCUCAUCUAUGUACUGUACGGAGAACUCAGCACUAGAAAGGAGUGCGAACCGAACACAGUGAGCUUCCUUGGGGACUGUACAUUCCAAGGGAGUGGAGGAGAUGAUUUUGGAACUAUCAUAACCAUUGGGGAGAGGCCUUUCUGGUGCUUCAUCAUUGCACGCUUAGAAAGCCUUUUGUGCAUCCCGUGGCAGUGCAAUCCAAGUCUGGAACAUGUUGGGAUACUAAGCAGUAGUAUUGCGGCUCCCACUCCCCCAACCCUUUUUCUUGCAGCUAAUGCUGGCAGUCAGCAGAGAUGGAAAAGUUUGGACACCAGAGAAAUUGGGGUAGGAGGAAGCUGGGGGAAGCAAAGUUGCGGUUGAGUGUUUGGUUCUGCAUCCUUCCUGUUUUGGGGGGCCGCUGCCUCUACAGUCUCCCUCUGUCCAGAACUAAACCAGAAACCAAGAAUGGCAAACACUUGACACAAGUCCUGCCUCAUUGCUGGGCCUGUCUGUGGCAUUGUGGCGCAGGCGCCCCCCACAAGCACACCCUCUGUAUAAUGUUUACAGCCCAGCUGUCCAGGCCAUGCUUUUGAGAAAAAAAUGCACAUUUUUACACUUUUUAUAUUUUUAUAAAGUUUUUUUAUACAACAGUCUCUAUAUGGAUUUAUAUAAUCACUAGAUGUGAUCCCAUAGAAAUGUAUGUUAUUAUGGUCUUUUGUUACAAAAGCAUAUGCCACAGUUAUCUCCAUUGUGUUACUUGUUUUGGCGGUGGCCGGCUCCUUUCCCUCGGCAUGUUGGGAUAAGGGCCCGUGCCUGUUGCAUCGGCUCCCCCGCCACGUCCAUCCAUGUAUGUCCUUCAUAAUACUCAGUCCUGUAUCUCUCAGUAAAUGUUAACUUUUACUUA